ACAAGCCCUGAACCCAUUAUAAAUUAGAUGUCAUAUCAAAAUCAAUGGUCAAGGAUUUAAAGUUAAGCAUAGAAACUAUGAAGUUAACAGUAGGUACCGAUCUCAUCAGUGAGAGAACCCUAUUUAAUUUUGGUUAAUUAUUUGAUGUUCCAAACAUAGGGUUCCACUGGUGACCAUUCUGGAAACAAGAGGAAUAAAAUUGCAGAAAUGAAAAGAAAUGGUUGUUCCAUCUCAAAUUUAACAAGGAACAAUUUUGUUCUUUAUUUUUCUACAAAAAAAGGAAUGAGAAGGAAAAACUAUUCCUUGUGAAUGGUGAUUUUUUUCAAGAACAUUAAAGAAUGGAUAAUUCCUCAUCGUUCUUUGGUCACCAUUCAUACCCAUAGUAUAAUCUCAAAUAGAUUCUUUUUUUUUGGGGGUCAAAUAGAUUCUACACACCAUUUUAUUCUUGAAGUAUGUGCAGCGGUAAUUCAAACCAGCAUCUCCGAUUACUUUGAUCCAAACCUUGGUUCUAGAGAAAACUAGAGCAACACUUUGAUUCUCCUAGGCGUUGUGAUGACGAUAUGAGGUCGUGAAAUCAAGCUUCUCGUUUGCGUCAGCAUAUCCAUUCCCCCUACAAUCUGAUAAGCUCCCUGUUCUGUUUGGUUUUUACUUCGUCUGAACUACGGUCUAAGAAGUUCAAGAAAUGUACGAGAAGAUGAAUGAAGAAAAAACUUCGUUUGAGAAAGAGGUUUAAGAGUGGUCAUCAAUCAUCAAUAAAAUCAUGUGCUAGUGGUUGGGUGGUAACAUGGUAUUUCAGCAUCGCUAAAUGAACUGAAUUCGAAUUUGAUUAUAUUUAGAUAUUCUUUACACGUGGUCUUUACACGUGGUCACCGGUGAUUUAACAUUCUCUGGCCGAUGAACCGUUUACCACUUUUUUUUCAAUCAUUAAUAAUACUUUAUUGUUUAAUGAGUUGUAGGGCUACUUAAAAUGUCCUUUUCUAAGUAAUGAAUUAUCAUAACUGAUCACUAAACAAAUUUUAUAUUCUUAUCUUUUUCUCUUCUGUCUCUCUAUUUCUUGUUAGAGAAGAGAUCACUAAACAUUAGCAAUGUUUAUCUUGUAACAAUAAAAAAAAAAAAGAAAAAAAAAUACUUGUUUCGAGAUCAGUUAUAGCAAUUCAUUAUUUUAAAAAUGAAAAUUUUAAGUAAAUAUAUGACAUUUUAAAUAAAUAUACUACUCAUUAAACAAUAAUUUUUCUGUUUUGAAAGAUAUAUAUUUUUUUUAAAAAUUGUUUCAAAAAAGAUAUAUUUUUGUUUGUAUUUUUAAUGCAUUUUUAUCGUAAUUUUUUAAAGACUAAUUAUAUUUUUUGAAUUUUUAUUAGUUUAAAGUUUUAAAAAUAAAUAAUUACUAAAAUUAUGUAUUUAAUAUUAAAAUUUAAUAUAUUUUACUAAUCUAUGUGAAAAAUUUAAAAUAUUAUCAAUUUUGAAAUGGAUGGAGUUUAAAACACUGCUAAACUAUUUUCUCAGAGUAGUCUUUUAUUCACUCAUCUUCUUCUUGUAGAAGCAUUUCUUAAAUUUCUUCUUCCCACAGCUUCCUCUGAGUAAAAAAAAAAAAGAAGCCAACGCACGGCUAGCUUAUCACAAUCACAGAGCAACGCAGAUUCAAACAGGAACCCAAAGCCUUGAACUGUCAGCGAGCUCUCUGGUAGGAGUCACCACAAGCGCAAACACUCCAUAAGUAUCUUCAGAGAGGCGAUUAAGUAUCGGUAAAGCAAACGCCGCCGUUUUACCGCUACUGGUCUAAGCAAGCCCCAAAACGUCUCGUCCCGCUAGAAUCUUGGGCACGCAGUGAGUCUGAACUGGAGUGGGUUUACGCAUGCCGAGGCUUCGAAGGUGAUUCCACCUUCCUCGGGUUCUUCCAUGAGCGAGUUUGAGUUCAAAUCCGGUUUAGCCGAACCUUAACAUUAAACCGGAUCUACAAGAUUGGGGUUUUCACCAUUUCUAUAUCGGUUAACAACAGAAGAAUCCGACCAAUCUCAUAAACCAAACUUAACCUCCUGGUCGUAUUGCUUAGACGAUAUAUCUCAAGCCCUGACAAACCCUCCUCGAAACAGAAAAAAAUCUGAGACCAAUCUCUCGAUCUCUUUCAUCUCAUCUUCCCCUGGUCGUUGUGAUUUGAUUGGGAGAACAAACAAACAAACAGGUAUGACUAGUGUCGUUGAUAAUAAGAAGAGAGUUCCAAUUUCAUCUCCUGGAUCCGGUUCGGAAAGUGAAAAGAAGGAUAAUGCUUGUUACGUGUGUGACGGAAAAGACGAUUGGGUUUUAGUAUGUCAUGGAGAGCAAUGUCUUAUAUCCAUUCAUCAAAGCUGUACAUGUGAUGAACCUGACUUUGAUGAGUUCGGUAAUUUCUUUUGUCCUUACUGUUGGUACAAGCGUCUUGUUCUCAAGUCGUUGAAGCUAAGAGAUAAGCUUUUAGGGAUAGACAAGUCUGGAGUUAGUGAGAAUGUAGCUGAGGUAAAUGUUUCACAAGGUAGAAGAAGGGAAUCGUAUGAGAAAUUCAUGGCGAUGGAGAAGGAUCAGAGAAUGAAAGAAGUUGCGGCUGAAACUCAGUCUCAGGAGCUAGGAGGAGGAUUUAGUGAGAAUAAUCACAUUUCUGAAGAGGAUGAACAAAGAGAGCAUCAUCCUAUCUCUACAGACAAUGUUCAAGAGUUAGCUUUGGUCAUCCACCAGCCAAUCGUAGCACAGCCUUUUCGCUCAGUCCCUCCUCCAAAGAACGGAACUGCGCUUCAUGAUCCCAAGCAACGAAAACGUAAAAGAGUAUUUUGGACGCAGGCAGAAGAACAGAUGCUUAGGGUUGGUGUGGAGAAAUUCCCUGGAAUCAGGAAUAUUCCAUGGCGCAAGAUCUUGGAGUUUGGUCGGGAUGUGUUUCACGAAGACCGGGUUCCAAGUGACCUCAAGGACAAGUGGAAAAUGAUUAACAAAAUGUGUGGCAAGCCUUCUCUCAACUGAAGGACAACCAAAUCAUCAGUAGCUUAGCAGAGAGCAAAUCAACCCCCAUUGCUUUGCAGUUUGUUGUACAACCUUGUUCAUAAUUCUGCAUGAGGUUGGCUUUUGUAUAAACCUGAUGGUUGUUAAAAAUCAUGAACCAAUGCUACUCUAAUAUAAAACCAAAGCAGUACUAGUUUUGCUUAGUAAAUGAUAGCUUCUUCAUAGUUUGGUUA